AUGCCGAAUGAGGGAAAAUUGCCUCUUGAUCUCCGUCCCAAGAAGGGCAAUUAUAAUGCCCCUAACCGGCCCAAUUUUGUGACCCGAGCCCACGACCCGACAUCCUUGUCAGACGGCCGAAUCCCACGCGAAUCUCGCUCCUUCUCUCUCCUCAUCUCAUCCCGUCGCUUUUCCCCCACCUUCCAUAAAUCAACGGUUCAGAUUCGCCGACGCUCCCAUCUUGAAUUUGCCGGUGGACGUUCCUCCCGGACUCCACCCAUAGCCUAUACAUACGUAUCCAUCGAUCAAUUUUUUUAUUCUAAAAUUGUAAUCUUUAUGGCGUCUGAUGAUGAGGAUGAAGUCCUUGCUCAAUUCCUGGAAUCUGAAGUCCUCGCCGAACUCUCCGAUCAGGAAGAGUUGAAGGCAGCGGAGGAGACAGUUGAGUCGGAGGACGAUGAAGCAGAGGAGGAAGACAGAGAUGGAAAGAGAUUGCAUAUUGAAGAUGGUUUGCUAAGUGAAGAGGAAGAGAAGAAACAGCAAGAAGCAAAGAGAAUCAGAGUUGAGGAAGGUGAAAUCAGUGAUGAGGGAUUAUCAAGGGCAUUAAUAUCGUCAUCUUCAUCAUCAUCCAUGGAGUUGGAAGCUGAAGCUGCCUUGUUGCCUCCAAAGAAUGGUGGGAUAAUCAAAGUCGACAAUAAUGAUGUUGACAGGGAGAGUAGGGAAAGUAUACCUGUAUCCAGGAGGAUUGAAACUGGGGUUUGUAGUAAAGUUCCUCCUGAAUUAUUCCAUCACAUCCUCAAAUUUCUCUCAUCAGAGGAUCUUAUUGCGUGUUCAUUGGUGUGUAGAUUCCUAAAUUAUGCUGCUUCAGAUGAGUCCUUGUGGCGUCGCCUAUAUUGCAUGCGGUGGGGUCUGCUGCCUCCAAAAAAGCCACGGGAAUGUGCUUGGAAGAAACUUUACAUUCAGCGUGAUGAAGAAGAUAUGGCAGAGUUUGUUAGGGGUUGCCCUUCUGAAUUUAAAGAGUAUUACAUCCAAAUGCAGGCGGCAAAGAGAAGCCAAGCACCUCUUCCUUCUCAGGUGAAUGAUGACCAUGUGAUUCUUGACAAAACACUUGCUGAUCAAGUCUCCAUAUGGAAGAGUAGCCGAGGCCUGGCUGACACAGUGGUAGCUGAUCAUGCUUGCUCUGGGGAAAGUUGCACGUACUAUCAAAUUGGUGAUGUAUUUGUCUGUGAGAAGACUGGGCAUGUUCAUGUUUGCGAUGACACAUGCAGAGAAGUUAUUCCGGAUCCCACGAACGAGCUUUUGGUGUGCACCAUUUCUGGACGCUGUUUUGACAGAUUGCUGUCACCAGCUGAAAUGGAACCUGAUGCAGAACAGCAGCAAGGUGGUGCUACUGAUGAAGCAGAGCCAUUUAUGGGAUCUGGCCGGUUUGCUCGAGCAUACCUACUCGGAUAUAAUUGCAAGGACGAGCAAGAGCUAGAAGCUUGUUUGAGGUUUUGCUGAUCUCGUUUUGCAUGUAUAGCUACUGUAUGCGUAAAAAUCGUUUGGCUGUUAGCAAAAUGGCUUGGAACAUGUUCCAACUUUUAAAUAUUUAAUAAGAUUACAGUUGCUUAGAAACUUUGAUAGUGUGAUAUAGUGUUUGUUUGGGAAAUAUUACUGGAGUGAAAUAUGAUUUUUUUUAUGACAA